AUGCUGCCCCGCUGUGCACUUAGUGUGUGUCAUGUGCUUAUGUUGGUGCUGUGUCUGUCUUCGGCUGAGGACUUCGACUGGACAAAGAACGACCACGGCUCCUUCUAUUAUGGCACUUUUCCAGCUGGAUUUUCGUGGGGUGCCGGCAGUUCAGCCUAUCAAACAGAAGGAGCCUGGGACAAAGAUGGAAAAGGACUGAGCAUCUGGGACGUGUUCAGUCAUAAGAAAGGCAAAAUCCAACAAAAUGACACUGGGGAUUCAUCCUGUGAGGGCUACCACAAAGUCAGGGAUGAUGUUUCUUUGAUGAAGGAGCUGAAGCUCAACCACUAUCGCUUCUCCAUAUCCUGGCCAAGACUCAUCCCCACUGGCAUCAAGUCUGACCAUAUAAAUGAAAAGGGAAUACAGUACUAUGAUGAACUUAUCGACCAACUGCUGGAGAACAAGAUCACUCCCAUUGUCACUCUGUAUCAUUGGGAUCUUCCACAGGUUCUUCAAGAGAAGCAUGGUGGAUGGCAGAAUAUAAGCAUGGUUAAUCAUUUUAAUGAAUUUGCCAACCUUUGCUUUGAAAGAUUUGGCAGUAGAAUCAAAUACUGGAUCACUUUCAACAACCCAUGGUCCAUAGCUGUUGAAGGCUAUGAGACAGGGGAGCAUGCUCCUGGACUGAGGUUAAAAGGAACAGGGGCGUAUAAAGCUGCCCAUCACAUAAUCAAGGCACAUGCUAGAGUUUGGCACACUUACGAUACCCAAUGGAGGGCAAACAAAAAAGGUCUGGUUGGGAUCUCUCUGUCUGGAGACUGGGGAGAGCCGGUGGAUCUCAGCAACCAGAAAGACAUAGAAGCAGCUGAGAGAUAUGUUCAGUUCUACCUAGGCUGGUUUGCGACACCUAUAUUUCAUGGAGACUACCCUCAGGUGAUGAAAGACUUCAUUGGAAGGAAAAGUGUCCAACAGGGCCUUGGCACAUCUCGCCUGCCAACAUUUUCACCCCAAGAAAAGAGCUACAUCAAAGGCACCUGCGACUUCCUCGGGAUCGGUCAUUUCACCACCCGCUACAUCACCCAAAAGAACAACCCGUCAGGUCGCAGCAGCAGCAGCUACUUCACGGACCGCGACCUGGCUGAGCUGGUUGACCCACGGUGGCCUGACCCGGGGUCUGAGUGGCUCUACUCUGUGCCAUGGGGUUUCAGACGUCUACUCAAUUUUGUCAAGACUCAGUAUGGAAACCCGAUGGUUUAUGUGACCGAGAAUGGAGUCUCUGAGAAGAUGCAGUGCACUGAGUUGUGUGAUGACUGGAGGAUACAGUACUUUAAGGACUACAUCAAUGAGAUGCUGAAAGCUAUUAAGGAUGGAGUCAAUGUGAAGGGCUACACCGCGUGGUCCCUGCUGGACAAGUUUGAGUGGGAUGAAGGCUACUCUGAGAGGUUUGGCCUGUACUACGUGGACUUCAGGAACAAAAACAAGCCUCGUUAUCCAAAAGCUUCUGUCCAGUUUUACAAACGUGUCAUCAGCUCCAAUGGCUUUCCCAACCAAAGAGAGGUUGAGAACUGGAGGAGGAAGGCUAUUGAGACCUGUUCUUCCAGCAACCAGCUCCUCGCUGCAGACCCUCUGACCAGCCACAUGGAGAUGGUUACUGAGAUUGUUGUUCCCACUGUGUGCACACUCUCCAUUCUGCUAAGCGCCAUCUUCCUCAUGUUCCUGCUGCGAAGGCGGAACUAAAAAGGAGCUCUCACAGUGUGCAUGUU